UUGGUUAAUGGAGUCUACAUCGUUGUCGGUAUUUUUUUGAAACGUGAGUUUUGGCACGUGAGAUGACCAUUUUGUGGAUAAGUGGAAAAAUUUAAAAUUUAUAAAAUCGCCUUUAUGGCCAAGUUGGUAAGGCACCUCACUAGUAAUGAGGAGAUCGUCAGUUCGACUCUGGCUGAAGGCAUUAUUUUUUUUGAAUUUGUUAUAAUCGAUAUCGACUUAACUAUUCAAUGCCAUUAAUUCUUAAUUUUUUAGAAUCAUUGUUGAAUAAGUUGGUAAAGUGAACAGGAAGUAAUUAUCUGUUUUUGGUAGCGCCUAAAUUUUUUGCGAUACUCUAAUGAGAUAGCGAAAUAUAAAAACAAAUUUAUUUCAAGAGGAGUUUUUCAAAACUGUUUCUUUAGAUAAUAACUUAGCUUUCAAAGUCAGCAAUGGAAGACCCUGAAGUUGCUCAAGUCACCAGUGAGCAGAUUCUAAAGGGUGCUUUUGAAAUCAGAGAGAAAAAACUAGAAGUUCCUCAGCAGACUAUACAAGAUCUCGAUGAAUUAAGAUCAUUUCAAUUAAAGAAAAGAAAAGAAUAUGAACAACAAUUAAAUAAGAAUAGACUUAACUUCGGGCAGUGGUUGAGAUAUGCCCGAUGGGAGAUAAAUCAUAAUCAUGAUUUCCCUCGAGCAAGAUCGAUCUUUGAAAGAGCUCUUGAUGUGAAUGUUCAACAUAUACCAUUUUGGAUUCAAUAUAUUCAAAUGGAACUAUCACAUAAAAAUAUUAAUCAUGCCAGAAAUUUACUUGAUAGAGCUACAACUACAUUACCAAGAGUCAAUAAGUUUUGGUUUUUAUAUGUUCAAACUGAAGAAACCUUAAAGAAUUAUAAAAUGGUACGAAUUGUAUUUGAGAGAUGGUUACAAUGGCAUCCCGACUCAUCGGCUUGGGAUACCUAUAUUUCAUUUGAAAGAAGAUAUGAUGAGUACGACAACGUACGAAGCAUUUUUUCAAGAUACGUUUAUGAACAUGCAUCAGGUGAUACAUGGUUGAAAUGGAUUGAAUUUGAAUUGUAUGAGACUAGUGAUAAUGCUAAAGUGAAUAAUAUACGGCGAGCUUUUGAGAUUGCAGCGGACACAAUGUUAGCCAGUAAGACACUUAAAAAUGAUGACAAACUUCCCCUUAUCAUAUCACAAUGGGCAGAAUGGGAAAUAUCAGUCAAAGAAUAUGAAAGAGCAAGAGCCAUAUAUAGUACAUUACUUGAUGCAUCAAAAAUUGACUUGUCUGAAAUACAACGUAAUAAGAUUUAUAGUAAUUUCUCAGACUUUGAAAAAAAUUAUGGAAAUAAAGAUACUAUCGAAUCUAGUAUAAUACGAAAACGAAUGGCUGGAUAUGAACAAGAUUUAAAAGACGAUCCUUCUGAUAGUGAUACCUGGUGGACUUAUUUAAACUUGCUAAGUGAGAAUAAUGUCAAUAAUUCUGUCUUAAAGGACAAUUUUGAGAAAUCAAUUUCAACUCCUCCAUCCGAAAAGGUAAAGUCUAUUCAUUGGCGAAGAUAUAUCUAUUUGUGGAUAAGAUAUGCAUUAUGGGAAGAAUUCAAUUGCAAUAAUGUUGACGAAGCAAGACUAAUUUGGAAUCGUUGUCUCAAAAUCAUACCUCAUACCGAGUUUACCUUUGGAAAAAUAUGGAAAUACUAUGCUGAAUUUGAAUUGAGGAAUGAUGAAAAGGAAGGUUUAUCGAAAGCAAGAAAGAUUCUUGGUAGAGCAAUUGGCCAAAGUAGUUCAAAAAAAGCAAAGAAGAGUCUCUUUGUUUAUUAUAUUGCCUUGGAAACGAAGUUAGGGGAAUGGGACCGUGUAAGGAAAUUAUAUGAAAAGUGGCUUGAGACUACAACCUUGAGCAAAGAUAAAUCUAAUUCAAUUCCUGUCUUGUUAAAAUAUGUUGAGUUCGAAACUGGUUUGAACGAAAGUGAUCGAUUGAUAUCUAUUUAUAAUGCUGCUUUGAAAUUAUCAGAAAAUGAAAAUAUUGCUAGUAAGUUCCUUCCUACAGAAACAUUAUGGAUUUCAUUUAUACAAUAUUAUCAAGAUGAAAUGAAGUAUGAUGAAGCUAGACAAUUAUAUCGUAAAUUGAUAGACAAAACUAGUAAUCCAAGAGUAUGGAUAUCACUUGCUAUAUUUGAAUCAUCUAUUCCAACCGAUUCACAAUUCAAAGAAUUCAAUGAAAGUAAUGAAGAAGAAUUUGAAUUUAGUAUCACUGAUUCACAUAGAGAAAAUACUAGAUCAGUUUUCAAAGAAGCUGAUAAAUUCUAUAAAGGCACUGAUUCAAGUGAAGAUAGGUUGGUCAUAUUGGAAGCGUGGAAAGAAUAUGAAAUUGAGCAUGGUUCAAAAGAAAGUCAAUCUGAGGUUGAAUCUAAAUUUCCAACCCUUGUUAAAAGAAGAAGAAAAGUUGAUAAUUUUGAAGAAGAGUAUAUUGAAUAUAUCUUUCCUCAAGAUAAAGAAGGUAUAUCUACAAAGCCCGGAAUUAAUAAGUUUUUGGAAAGUGCAAAGAAAUGGUCAGCUUUGGGCAAAUAGUAAAUGUAACGAUAUGUAUGUAUUAAUAUUAAUAUAUCUGUAUAUUAUAGGAUUUGACUGUAAAUGAUGAAUCUUUUAAAAAGCAACACUCCUGUAAUCAAUCAAUUGAAUUUGUAACAGACCAAUUCAUGGACCAAUUACCAUAAUCUAACAACCACCUCUUAAAGUUAACACCAAAUGCAAAGAUGAACCAGCUUGAAUACCAGAUUCCGCCACUGUCUUUUCAUCAUCUAAUUGUGUACCAUUGAAAAUGAAACGCUGUUG